AUGACAGCGUCACUCCACUCCAUUACAGGUGACUGGCAGCCAAGUUCAAGCACUGCUACAACCUUUUACGAAAUUGGCGACAAUACUGGUAGACUGCAUGUCUACGACGGGUCUGACCCAAGCCCCCUUCUUUGGGAUACCACAUCAACAUCUAGCGUCUCUUUCACUUGCACACGUGGGUCUCCCGUCAAGUUCAUGGUCUGGAUGACUUUCAAAGAAAGUGCACCCGAUGAUCUUUUCAUGAGCUUCGCAAACGCUGGUCUAGAUAAUCCAUCAGUAUUCUACGGGAAAGAAUUCCGAAAUGACAGGAAGUUGGUGGGAUUUCCGGUGUCGACUCAUUUCCAGUAUGGGAACGGUCAGACUCCGUGUUGCUUCAACGAUACGCUAAGAUUCAAAAUAUGGUAUCGAAUAGGGAGCUGCUCCACAGAAUUCAUAGCGGGCACGGCGAAGCUCGAAGUCUACGCAAUCUACCCGAUUCAACCCCAAUUCUUUCUGAAAGAGGGCAUACCGAUCGACCUUUUGAGGCUUUUCGUCCCCAACGUAAGCACUGGUCCAACGGAGAAGCUGCAGACUGAGCAAGACUGGAUCAGUUGGGUCACCAAUGUCUGCCACGGCAAGCAAGACCCUAAGACAGCACCUGGACAACUUCGUCCUGACUCUACGAAACAUUGGCUUCGAUACAAUGUCUGGGACGGACAGUUCUCCUUUAUUGACGAAAGUGGCGGAAAAUUCUCACUCAUGGGCUGGCUCAACACAUACAAGGAUCACCAAAGCGAUUCUACAAAAACUCUGAGACUUGUCAACUGCUUUGAUCAAGCUGCCAUCGUCGAAACUGCUCUCAGUCUCGGCCUCUCAUACACUCGUCUACACUGGGAGGUUGUGGCACCGUUCGGAUACAUCAAUGCAGACCUUACUGGCUGGGGCAGCACGAACAGUCCUUUCUUUGAGGGUGAUAAGCAAAACAUAAAAUUCGGAAACGUCGCGGAUCCUAUGCGAACUCCAUUCCGAUCUCAUGUCUUUAUCACCAUAUCAGCCACUGGCAAGUAUGUUCAGGGUGAAUCCAUGGUGGUCGACGCUUGUGCUGGACCAGUUGCGGGUGACUUGACCUACACUCAAUACCUUCAAGAAAAGACCCUUAAAAGCGGGAUCGAAUUAUUGGUAAACGGUCGUCAUCUGAAUGUGAGCAAAUGGGAUGGAGUUACAUCAACUAUGGGUACACUUGAGGGUAAUACUCUCAACUACAAGCUUGAACACUACCACGAAGAUGAGACUGUUUCUGUACCUACUGUGGCUUCGAAUCUGAGCGCAGCAUUCGCGGGUAGCCCCUCCGUGUCGGCUGGUUUCAACGUUCAGAAUGUUAUCAAUGCAAAUCUCGAUCCCAUUUUGUCAAACAAGGACAAAAGUUCUGGUAUUGUCUUGGAGCCCCAGUCAGACAUCGACACUAUUCUCAAUGAUUCCAGUAUUCUCCCACUUGCUUCCACAACCAGGGUUAGUGUGGCAGGACAGGUAAUAGGUGACACCCCAGCCUUUAUCUCGUUUCAGAUAUCGGUAUUCUCUGGCGGUCUCGCCGAUGCUGUGAGCGGACUGACGACGAGAUUCGCGGCUUUUACCCUGCCAACUAAAUGGGAGAAGGAGAAUCUGAUCAACUUCAAGGAGAAGCAGACUCAGGCCAUGGGUGACUCACGCGCUACGAUAUUUGGAACCUAUCACUUGGAUUUGUUCCUGUACAAAAACCUCGUUGUUCAGAUAGCUGGCAAUUCUGCACCCACUUCGAAGGCUCUGCCAGGAUGGACAAAGACUUUGUGGGCGGAGUUAAUAAAAUAUUAG